AAAAUAGGCAUGUUUAUAUAGGUGUAUGUGUAUAACAUACAGGCUCAAAUAUCAUCAAUUACCACCAAGACUGUUAAUAAUUCUUAAAAAUGGGCUAUUGAAACACUGAAAAAUAUCCAAUUAAGACGAACCAGCAACGCCGACCGCCUUGGGGGAACCUCUUCCCAAUAGAUUCCAAGAUAACGAGGUCUUGUCUCAUCCUUAUCACUUCUCUCGCGAAAGUCCGAGUCACAGCCAUGGCAGACAAGGAACAUCCAUCGGUGACCAAUUUUCGGAAUUAUGUGAAGAUUAAGACUGUGCAGCCAACCCCGGAUUAUGCAAGCUGCACAGAGUUCUUACUCGAGCAAGCUAAGGAGCUUGGCGCUGAGUCCCAAGUGGUUGAGUGUGUCCCUGGAAAGCCUAUAGUAUUGAUGAAGUUGGUGGGAGAAGACCCAUCCCUGCCAUCAAUCCUACUCAACUCUCAUACAGACGUUGUUCCUGUGUUUCCAGAACACUGGAAAUAUGAACCUUUUAGUGCACAUAAAGAUGAAAAUGGUGACAUCUAUGGACGAGGAACCCAAGACAUGAAGUGUGUUGGAAUUCAGUACAUGGAAGCACUUAAGGAAUUGAAGAAGAAGGGUCAUAAGUUCCUUCGCACGAUUCAUCUUUCCUUUGUUCCAGAUGAAGAGAUUGGGGGUAAGAAUGGCAUGUAUGAAUUUGUCAAGACUGACAUGUUCAAGAAAAUGAACGUUGGAUUUGCCUUGGAUGAAGGCUAUGCCAACCCGACAGAGAAGUUUACAGUAUUUUAUGGAGAAAGAGCACCAUGGUGGGUUUUGGUAAAGUGCCCUGGUCAGCCAGGUCAUGGCUCGCAGUUCUUGCCCAACACUGCUGGUGAGAAGCUGCAAAAGGUUAUAAACUCUUUCCUCAAGUACCGCAAUGAACAGGAACUCAAACUGAAGGAAAAUGAAGAUAUUCGGCUUGGUGAUGUAACAUCAGUAAACCUAACAAUUUUGGAGGGUGGUGUACAGUUCAAUGUUGUGCCUGCUGAGCUUUCCGUUGGCUUUGACAUUCGUAUCACACCAACACAAGACCUUGGAGAGUUUGAAGAGAUAAUCAAAGGCUGGUGCAAGGCAGCUGGCAAAGAUGUUGCAUAUGAGUUUAGGCAGAAGGACAUGUGUCAGAAUAUCACAUGUGUGGAAGAUGGCAAGUCUGUUUGGUGGGAUACAUUCUCAGGAUCUUGCAAGAAAGAGGACAUAACAGUUGAGAAAGCUAUCUUUCCAGCAAGCACUGAUGCCUGCUAUCUGAGAGCUCUUGGCAUCCCAGCACUCGGGUUUUCCCCCAUGAAUAAAACGCCGAUCCUCCUCCAUGACCACAAUGAGUUCCUCAACGAGAAGAUAUUCCUUCGUGGAAUCGAGAUCUACAUGACUAUUAUCCCAGACAUUGCAAACCUGAGGAACUAAAUGGGCUUGCCUGAAGAGUGACACUCCCUUCUCAAGAAUAUAUGCGAUUGUUGCAUGUCUUCCAUUUCUGCAUCCAGAUUUUGUACUCAAGUGAAUUCUUCCAAGGGAGAUGAAUUGUGUAGCUGUUUUGCCUACAGCAGCUUUAAGGAUUCAAUUACAUUGUUUUACCUUUACAGUCUAUUUUAUUGAGUACAAAAUAAUGAUAAUACUGUUAAAGAACAUUGAACUUCCUGUAA